AUGGAAAAUGCUAGCCAGCAACGUAUUCCGCAGUCCGUUCCGUUCUUCUUCAGACCUGAAACGCACCAGAAUCCUGAAACGUUUCAUUUACUGACUGAAAUUCCAGGCUUCUACAAGCCCCCUUUUAAUCCUCACUUCCCGUUCUGUUCAUUACCAUCACCUGCCCCUUUCUGUAGGCCUCAAUCGGUGGACAUCUCCAGCCUUUUCUUUAAGGAUGAACCCGCCAACACCUCACCGGAAUCCGAAACGAGAAGUCACCCGAAACUCGAAACUCGAUCAGACUCUCCUGUCCUCGACGGUAUAGCAGCUGUAGUUGGUCAACAUGUUCUCUUCGGCAGCAAACCAGCCGAGAAUACCGCAGCAGAAGAGUCCAACAAAGCCGAAACUUCGGCUUUCAUUUCGGGGUUUCAACGUUUGGGUUCAAAACACGAAGAUGACAAGCGAAACGACGUCGGGGAUUCGGUGCAGAAGAGCUACAGAGGAGUGAGAAAGAGGCCGUGGGGAAGGUGGUCGGCGGAGAUACGAGACCGCAUCGGGAGGUGCAGACAUUGGCUGGGUACAUUCGACACGGCGGAGGAGGCGGCGCGUGCUUACGACGCGGCGGCGAGGCGUCUGAGAGGUUCGAAGGCGAAAACCAACUUUGAAAUCCCAUCUGUGUUGCCAUUAUCACCUUCUUCUUCUUCAUCGGCUUGUUCGUCGAUUUCGACAUGUUCGGCGUUUGAUGUGAAGAGGAGAGGUAAAGGGGUGAAUAAAAGUUUAAAUAACAGUUGUAGGAGGAAAUGUGCGGUGGUAACAUCUGUGGCUCAUUUGUUUAGCUCGAGUAGUAUUGUUAAUGGAGGUAAUGGGUCGGUGGUGGAGCUUGAUUUGAAGUUGGGUGUGGGUUUUGAUGGGGGUAGUGAUGGUGAUAAGAAUGAUGGGUCUUCCAUGGCUGGUUAA